AUAUAUCUUGUGAGUAACGUUAAGUGAUUAGCAUUCCUUUCCAACUGGCAUGCGGUUUUAACGUUGAACCACACGGUUAAGCAUCGCAUGGGUUGCCACCUGUGCCGGUUUUACCAGGAUUGUCAUUUGUCCUUCUUUUUAAUAACUUGCCUCGGGAAAUUUAAGCACUCGUUCGUUUCCGAAACCGAAAGGCUACGUGAAUGUUCAAACUGUGUAGUGCGCGGCCGCGUGCACGGCACAGAGGGGGAGACCUCGCACUCGACAUGUUAGAAACGCAUGUAAUUCCCGGUGGGCGGGUUGUCGAUAUGUCCCGGUUUUUUAUCAGACAUAGGUGGCAACCCUAUGUUCCUGUUUAAUAUUUUAAAUGUUCAAUAUUUUUAAAUUCCAGUUGCAUUCUUUAUAUAUGUGUGAUAAUUGACUGCAACAGACAGCUAGUCUUGACAACUAACUUAGUGCUUUUGCUAUCACAGAGUGACUGAUCAUUUAGGCUAGUUCUGAGUUAGUUUCCAUUCAAAGCCCGUGUGCCAUCGUGUUAGCAGCUAGUACUUUGCACAAGUACUUUUUAGAAAACCCUAAUACAUACUGAAGUAUGGUUCUGUGUAUAGAACUAUGUGUUAUUUAUGCAUUUGUAACGUUAUUUAUUUGUUUUUCAGGUAUUUUUUCAGACUUAAAGCUAAAUGCAGUGUCGCUAUUGUACAUUUUCACAUCUGCAGCAAGACACAGGCUACAGGCUUCAUCAUUGGCAAGUAGACUUAAAGCUAAAUGCAGUGCUGCUUUUGUACAUUUUCACAUCUGCAGUGCACAUAUGCAAUGCUUCAUCAUUGGCAAGCAGACCACAGAUCUAACCACUUAUGGGUCUGCUGUUCUUCGUGGUCUUCCCCUGUACAUGAGAGAGCCAGCUUCAAUUUCAAAGACUAUUAAGAAUACUGAGGCACUGGGGCCACACACAAAGGCCAUGAAAAUGGGGAUCCUGGAAGUGACUGACAGUUCUACCAACUCAGGACCAUAUUCCACAGUGGUCAAUGUGGCUGUAGUACUGGAGGAGGAAGUUGUCAUGGACAAUUUGGAAGACUUCACAAAUGCCCUCGUGAUGCUCUUUGGUCUGCUUUAUGCUGUAAAAUGGAGUAAGGACUUAAGGUACACAUUUGAGGCAGUCCAGAAGAUUAUCUUAAACUGCUGCUCUGGAACUUGUUGAUCAAAUAAAUUGAUAUUUGAUUUGUAAAGCAGUAGGGAUGGGCAAUGGUUAAUCGUGAUUAUUCGC